AUGGCGGAUCAAGGCGAAGCUCCGGCCGCCGCGCUCCCGCCUCAGCAGCCGGCGGCAGCGCUGACAACCAGCUGGCCAAUCAGCCGGGAGUCGUACGAGCUGCAGGAAGUCAUAGGCAGCGGGGCCACAGCUGUGGUGCAGGCGGCCCUCUGCACCCCUAGACAGGAGCGCGUGGCCAUAAAGAGAAUCAACCUGGAAAAAUGCCAGACCAGCAUGGACGAGCUGUUGAAAGAAAUUCAAGCCAUGAGUCAGUGCUACCACCCAAAUAUCGUCACCUACUACACCUCCUUCGUGGUGAAGGAUGAACUCUGGUUAGUGAUGAAGCUUAUGAGCGGAGGCUCUAUGCUGGAUAUAAUUAAGCACACAAGCAAAGAAGAGGACAGAAAUCGAGCUCUGGAUGAGCCUAUUAUCGCUACUAUAUUAAACGAAGUGUUGGAGGCUCUGGACUACCUGCACAGAAAUGGACAGAUUCACAGGGAUGUGAAAGCUGGGAACAUACUACUGGGAGAAGAUGGAUCUGUUCAGAUUGCAGAUUUUGGAGUAAGUGCGUUCCUAGCUACAGGGGGCGAUAUGACCAGAAACAAAGUAAGAAAGACUUUUGUCGGCACACCAUGCUGGAUGGCACCAGAGGUGAUGGAACAGGUACGAGGUUAUGAUUUCAAAGCAGAUAUAUGGAGUUUUGGAAUUACAGCCAUAGAGUUAGCGACGGGCUCCGCACCCUAUCACCGCUACCCUCCCAUGAAGGUUUUAAUGCUUACCCUACAGAACGACCCACCCACUCUAGAGACGGGAAUCGAGGACAAGGAAUCGCUAAAAAGAUACGGCAAAUCGUUUAGGAAGCUAAUAACUAUGUGCCUUCAGAAGGACCCUGCCAAAAGGCCGACAGCUGCAGAGCUUCUGAAGUGUAAAUUCUUCCAGAAGGCCAAGAACAAAGAAUACCUGAUUGAAAAGCUUUUGUGUUGUGCACCAAAGAUUUCUCAGCGAGCGAAGAAGGUGAGGAGGGUCCCAGGCUCCAGCGGUCACCUGCACAAGACGGAGGACGGAGACUGGGAGUGGAGCGACGAUGAGCUGGACGAGGGCAGCGAGGAGGGCAAGGCUGCAGUGAAUCAGGGCAGGUCACGAAGGGUCAGAGAUGAGGCCAAUGAUAAAGAGGAGGAUACCAACAAUGUUCCCAUUGAAGGGUUAUCUAUUCACCAUCCCCAGGUUGAACCGUAUGGAGAUAAACCAGAAGGUGCUGUGAACAUGGUACUGCGGCUAAGGAACUCGAAGAAGGAGCUGAACGACAUCCGCUUUGAAUUCACUCCUGGCCGAGACACAGCUGAUGGUGUUUCCCAGGAACUGUUCUCGGCUGGUCUGGUCAACGGGCUCGAUGUGGUUGUUGUUGCUGUCAACCUUCAGAAGAUUGUCGAUGACCCGACUACAUACAAAGUAGUGACCUUUAAGCUGGUGUCUGGCUGUGACGACACGGAGAUCCCGGACGAGGUGAAGCUGAUCGGCUUUGCGCAGCUGAGCCUCAGCUGAUGGUCCCUUUACGCCUGAAGCAGGUGAGACAGUUCAGGGCAGACAGACUGAGGAGCACACACCACCACUUCCUGCAACCUCCACCCCAACCACAACCCCCCGAAAAAACUCAUCCUCCCUCACGGCCCCUUCACCGCUCCCCCGAGG